UAUGAGGGUUUUUUACUACAGCACUGUUUCAGGACCCAGAGGAAGACACACCUAAAACCGAGAGAAGUGCGUGCAAGAAACAAAAACCUUCAUGCGUCCUCCACGGCUUCUCCCGCCGCCCAGCUGAGCUCAUUCGACCACCGCAAAGUGUUUUAAAGUAAAAAAAAAAUAAAUUAAUAUAAGGUCUGGACCAGUCCGAGUUGCCAACAAGAUUGUUGCCUCGUGUGCGGACCAUCAUGGCAGAGCCUGACUACAUAGAUGGAGACUGUGACGAGCUCAUUAGGCCUAAGAAACUCAUCAAUCCAGUGAAGACCUCCAGGAACCACCAAGAUCUCCACCGGGAACUCCUUAUGAAUCAGAAGAGGGGUCUGGCUCCCCAGAACAAGCCUGAGCUACAAAAGGUGAUGGAGAAGAGGAAGAGAGAUCAAGUGGUGAAAGCUCAACUGGCAGAGCAAGAAGCUCAUAAGAAGCACAGUGACCUGGAGAUCGAACUCAUGAAGAGACAGCAGAAACUUGAACAGUUGGAGCUGGAGCAACAGAAGAUGGACGAGGAGCAGGAGAACACACCAGAAUUUGUCAAAAUGAAAAGCAAUCUAAGAAGAACCAAGCAGGAGGUGGAGGAGCAGGAGCGAACCAAUUAGACACGUUGCCGUAGAUUUGGAAAAUGUCCAUGGCACAUGAUGACAUGGCAACUGGACUGCAGUUUAUGGGGGUUUCCUGGUGUUCUUGCUCCAUGUGUUCCUGUGAAAAUAAGUGACCAUGUUUGGUUCCUUUUGCCUGCUUGCAGACAUGACCAGUAUUAACUUAACCUCUUUAUGCUGAACACCUGCAACAAACUAAGAGGGUGAAAGAAAAAUAAACACACUCUGAGACAUGACAAAGCAUCCUGGUCUUCACGGGCUGCGGGUGUUUGGUGAACUUGCAUCGCAAGACAAAAAGAACCUAUACAGAGUCUUUCCAUUUGUUUCUCUUUCUUUUCUUUUUUUGGAAAACUUAAAACCACUUAAAGAAUUUUUUUAAUUUUUUUUAUCCCCACAUUGAAAUGGGACACUGGAUGGACUCUUGUAAGCCAAAAUAAUGAGAUUUCUUUUUUCUUUCUGUUUUGCUUUGCCUUGGGAUGGAGAGGGUCUCCUGAGGACUUUCUGACUUCAUAAUCAAAACAAAAAAAUCAUGUCAUUUCAAUUUUGAAUUAUUGUCAGUACAUUGUUUCAAGAUUUGUUGUGUGAUGUACAGAGCGUGCGGGUUUAUUUUUUUCCAUUUCCCAUAUUUGUGCACUCAUCUCUUUAAAGCAAUAGUAGAUCUAGGUUGAUGUGUUUUCAGGUUUUUUUUUUUUUAUUUUUACAUAAAAUAUUGUUCAGUAUGUUAUUGAGUGCUGUGUUAAAGCACUCUGGAGAUGUUCCACAAGGGAGUAGCUGGUAGAGUUCGAGAAGCUCUAGAAACAAAGCCUUGGUUUGUUAGUUCAGUAUUGAAAACUCUUAGAUUUAUGUAGAUUUGAGCCAAUAAUGAACCGGUGAUGCUGACUUUAAAAUUGUAAACCCUCUUUUAAUAAAUAUUAUUUUGUCAUGUUA